AUGAGUGAUACCUCCCCUGCGGCCGCCGCCCUGAACCACUGGAAUCGCCUGAUCCAGCUCGCCGCCGCGUCGGGCUCUUACGCCCACUGCCUCCGCCUCUACGCGGGACCGCUCCUCGCCGCGGGCCUCCGCGGUGACGCCUCCACCUUCCCUUCCCUCGCCAAAUCCUGCGCCGCGCUGCGCCUGCCCGGGCUCGGCCGCGCCAUCCACGCCCUCGCAUUCCUCGCGGGCGCUGCCGUCUCUCGCGACGCCUUCGUGCGCACCUCUCUGGUGGACAUGUACGCGAAGUGCGGCAGCCUCCCCGACGCGCGCCGCCUGUUCGAUGAAACGCCGUGCUCGAGCCGGACGCUGGUCGCCUGGAACUGCAUGAUCUCGGCGUACGGACGGAGCUCUCAGGUCGAGGAGGCCGUCGAGGUGUUCAACGCUAUGCGGCGAGCGGAGGUCAGGCCCAGCGGGAGCACGCUCGUCGGCCUUCUGUCCGGGUGUGCGGACUCGGUGUCCGCGAGGAACCUUGGGGUGUGCGUCUAUGGACACACCAUCAAAUUGGGGCUUGACGCGGAUUUACUUGUGUCGAACUCGGUGCUCACCAUGCUUGUCCGUGCUGGCCAGCUGGACUCUGCAAGGUUGCUGUUCGAUCGUGUGGAGAACAAGUCUGUGGUUACUUGGAGCGCCAUGGCAUCAGCUUAUUUGCAGACAGGGGACUGGAUGGAAGUGUUUGAACUGUUCAGCAGCAUGCGAGAGACAGAGCAACCUAUGGAUUCAGUUGUGCUUGCCAAUCUAAUCACGGCUGCUAUGCUGUUUGGAAACUUGUUGGUGGCUAAAGGCGCGCAUGCCCUUGUUAUCAAGGCUGGUUUUGAUUGUCAGGAGGAUCUGGCAGCAUCCUUGGUAAACAUGUAUUCCAAGUGUGGGAAUCUUUUGGCAGCUAGAAAGGUAUUUGAUUCACUUCAAUGGAAGAAUGUAAUCAUGUGGACUUCGAUGUUGAAUGGAUAUGUUGAAUGUGGUUGUCCGGAUGAGGCUUUGGCAACAUUUGAUGCCAUGUUGUGUGCGAAGGUAGAGCCAAAUAAAGCAACUGUUUUAGUGGUUCUUUCAGCGUGCGCUAAUUUGGGAUCCGCUAAUGUUGGCCAAAAGGUUGAGGAGCAUGUGAAAGCAAUGGGACUGCAGUCAGACCUGCAAGUUUCUACUGGACUGAUAGACAUGUACUGCAAGUGUGGGAGCAUCCAGCGUGCUAGAAAAAUAUUUGACAAUGUUUCUAAUAGGGACUUAGCUAUCUGGAGUGCCAUGAUCAAUGGAUAUGCUUGCAGUGGAGAAGGCAGUGAGGCUGUUGUCCUUUUCAAUGAGAUGCAAAGCAAAGGUGUUCGACCUGAUGCCAUUGUCUUCACUCAUAUUCUAACAGCAUGCAACCACUCUGGUUCAGUAGAUGAAGGUCUGCACUGCUUUCACAGCAUGACUGCAGAAUAUGGUAUCAAACCAUCUAUUGAACAUUAUAUGUGCAUGAUUGAUUUGCUUUGUAAAGCUGGCCAUCUCAGUAGUGCUAUAAAGUUCUUUAGUGAGAUGCCAGUUCAGUUGCGAAACCAGGUUUUGGCUCCUCUAAUUAGUGCACACAGAGUUCAUGGCGCUGAUUCAUCCAUAGAGUUCUUAUCAGAGGGAGUACUGAACCUGGACUCCCAAGAUUCUGGUCAUUGUGUCCUAAUUUCUAAUAUGCUUAGUUGUUUAGGGCAGUGGAAGAAGGCCAGAAGUUACAGGACGCUAAUAAGCAAGCUAGGAUUAGUCAAGAAACCUGGAUGGAGUUACAUCGAGCUGGGUGGCUAG